CCUAGGACCAGGUUAGAUCUAAUUUAGUAAUUAUUUUAAUAAAGUUAAGAUUGACGAUUGCCAAGGCUAGACUAGAUCUAGAUCAAUAUCAAGUAGAGUCGUGAGAGAGCGGAUUCUACAAUUCUAGAGAUCUAGUUAACAGAUUCUAGAGUAAUAAUUAAUAAUAAGAGGUGUUGAAUUGACAAUCAUACCUAUGAACAAAUUGUCUGUAUGUAAGAUAAUUGAAGAAACAAAGUUCAGCCAAUCAAAUAAUUGUUGAAUGUUAAUAAUUAUCAAAAAAAAUUGUUAAAAGAUGGACUUUUGUUGAACAUCGGACACGCAGCUGGAGUUUUUGGAAUUGCCAAUCAAGACAACACAAGCCUCAAAGUUAAUAAAUAGGAGACCCAAUGUCUCUCCUAAUUCAACUGGCGGUGUUUACUCAUUGAAAAACUCUAGAAUUAGCAUCUUCAGACAUGAAUGGGACCCAGAGAUUUAAUUACCAGACGGAUAUUGAGCACACCAGAAAUGAUAUUGAUUUGAUCAGUUGUGUCACUGUUUAUUUCCCAACAGAAUUGUGCUCGAGCAGCCAAUGAAAACAAAACAUCAAAGAAAAAACCUGAAAGUAAACCUUUAGAUGCUCAAAACGAUAAAAGUUUGAAGCAGAAAAACUCAAAAAGUGACCAGAAGGUUUCUAAUGAAAUGAGCAAUCAGGUUGGGAUCCAGUACUUGCCAAUUUGUCAUCAUUAUGAACUCUCUGUUGUUAUUGGUAAAGGUCACAGUGGAUCAUCCUCCAUAUUUUUAGCCAAACAUUUACCUACUGCCUCCCUGAUAGCCAUUAAAAAAAUCAAUGUAGAGGUAUGGGACAGGGAGCUGUCUUACAUACAGAAUGAAAUCAUUUUAACACAGCAGCUGUCACACCCCAAUAUUCUACAACUACACUGCAGCUUCGUCAAAGGGCAUGAACUCUGGAUUGUCAUGCCUUUGAUGGCCUUUGGUUCAUGUAGAGACCUGAUCCAUGCAUACUUUAACUCCGGUCUGCCUGAACAGGCCAUUUUGUUUAUAUUAAGAGAUGUUCUUCUGGCAGUUGAGUACAUUCACCAAAGAGGAAUAAUUCACAGAGGGAUAAAAGCCAGUCAUGUGUUAAUAUCAAAAAAUGGCCAGGUCUGUUUGACUGGUCUGCACAAUUCCUACAACACAAUACAAAAUGGUAAAAAGCUGCGCAAGGUCCAUGAUUUCCCAAUACAUUCAGUGGACUGUCUACAGAGCUUCAGUCCAGAAUUGCUGCAUCAGAAUUUAGCUGGUUACAAUUUUAAAUCUGAUAUUUACAGUAUUGGAAUAUUAAUUUGUGAGCUUGCAAAUGGCCAGUCACCUUUUUCAGAUAUGCCUGCAACUCAGAUGUUGCUAGAGAAGCUAAAUGGAACAAAACCAAAGUUAGCUGACUCUACAACAGUAGGAGAUUUUAUUAUUGAUGAUGAUGGAAAUGAUGACCAACCUGGUACAACACAAGAGAGAGCAGAUGUCAUAUUUUUCAAGAGGACAUUUUCACAAAACCUGCACGAGUUCACUUCAGAAUGUUUAGAACUUGAUGUAGUCAAAAGGCCAUCCGCCACACAGCUACUCAAUCACUCUGUGUUUAAAAGUAUCAAAAACAGACCAUCAUCAUCACUUCCGUCACUGCUACAGCCUGUCACCCCACUCACUGACCUUGCCAAAGUACCAAGGGAUCUAUCUGCUGAGGAGGAUGAUUUUACUAGAAAGAUGAGCGAAGUGUCUAUGCAAGAAGACUGGACAUUUUAAACACAUCCUAGGAUUAAUUUUCUUUGGCAUUUCAGUGAUUUUAUGACAUGCAUAUAUUUAUCUCAGAAGCAUGAAGACCUUUAAUGCCACUUGUACAAGCAAUUUAUGUUGUUCACAUUACAAAGAUAAAAGUAAAAGCUUGUGAUUUACUGAUACAACUUCUACAACUGUACAAGGGCAAGAGAAUUUGACUUUGUGAUAGACUUGACCCACGUGUUGAUAUGGUGAGAAAAAUAAUGUCGCUUGUGGAAAAAUGAUUUUUCUACUACAGCAAUCCAAUGACUUUGUUUCAUCGUGAGCUUGAAUCAUUGAGUGGAAGGUUGUUGAUGUUUGUGGAUUAUGAUAUCAUAGUGAUGGACCUUAUGAUGACUAGGUGUAAAACAGACCUCAGAGGGUGAGCCUCUAAAUAUGCCUGCAUGUUAUCAAAGGCUGAGACUGAAACAGUGAUACUUAAAGGCCAGGGCUAGUGAUAUGUUGUCAUGUUUUAAAUCUACCAUGUUUCACCAUUCCAGUGUAUAAAAAAAUAAUACUUUCUUGUUUUAUUGAAAGGUCAGCAUAAACAAUAUUUGAACAUUUGUUAAAGCAAGGUCUAAUGAAGAUUGAGAUUUAAUCUUACAUCUAAAAGACAAUAUCAACCAUAUAGCAAAGAAAAACAAAAUUCAUGAAUGAUUUAAAAUGAUUGAUUUUUGGUAAUUCACUAAUUAAUCAAUGUUUGUCCAAUUGAAAGUUGACAAAAGAUCUUUUCUGUAGUUAACAAAAAAAUUAUUUCGUAGCAAGCAGGAGUUUUCCAUAUAUAUAUUUCAAACUCUCCCCAUGCAUGACUGAUAAAGCUGUUCAACACCGUUUCAUUGUUUGAUAGUUUUACACUGUCCAUAGGUAUGGUACUAGGCUGAUGUAUAGAAUUAAAAUUUAUCAACAUUUCUGCUUCUUUUAAUUCAUGAAAUCAGCCAAGCAAUUUCAAAAUCAAAAUGUAUUUUUUAAAUUAUAUUUACAUCUUUUAUAAAAUAUAGUAAUUUCUCAAAAAAUUAAUUUGGUUCUUUUUAUUUAUUUUUUUAUUUUGGCUUUCCCUUAAGUAGUUCCACAAAAGUAGUUUAGAAAUUUUAGAAAGGCUAGACAAUAUUUUCUUUUCUUAAUGGUAUAUUUUAAGAAUUUAAAAUGUUACUAUGUUACUUGAAGACAUUUUUUUAGAAGUUAAGGAAGGAAAAUUAAUACCUAGAAACUGAGAGAUUGACAAUGAUGUAUUUGAUGUUUCUUGAUGUUCCUAUGAGGAAUAUGCUUUUUAUUGAUAUGGUGCUUUAUUAAGUUGACUCUUAUGUUGUGUAACAUUUGUAGACAGUUCGAUCAUGUUUAACAUUUGUGUACAGUUACAGAAAAGAGAAAUAGCUGUUUUGCUUGAGAAAAAUUCUAUUCAGCUUAAGUUUAAUUCUUGACAUAAAAAUUCAUAUUUUCAAUCAAGAUAAUAACAAACCAAGACCCUCAGUUUGUGUAUCCACUUUAUAUUCAUCCUUGAUUAUUUCUUUUUCUUUUCACCAAACUAGUUAAUUUAUCGUAUAGUAAUUGAAACAAGAAAUUGAAUCUUUGUUGUUUUAAAGGAAAUUAAAACUAGGCAUUUUUUUUUUUUUUACAUUUUAAUGUCAUUUUGACAUUUUCUUUAGUAAUAGAUUAUCCAAGUAAUCUAUGUAAAAGACUAGAAUCUAAUACAUUUCUUUAGAAUUUUUUUUAAAAUAAAAAAAUGUUAUUACUUGUUGAUAUUUAAAAUUUGAUGAUGCUCUACAGUUUAUAUUAAAAUUUACUGUGAGUCAAGCUCUUUUCAAGAGAUAACAAGAAAACAGAUGUAUUGAAACAUUUUUCCUCAGCCUGUGAGAGUAAUAUCUUAUUCAAAGUUUGUUUGUACUGAUCUAUAAAAUAUACUUGUUGCUUAAAAAUCAUUGGUUUUUAUAAAUAUUGAAGGCAUUUUUGUAUUAGUUAAUUAUUGUUUUAUAAAUUUAUAUAGACACAAUUAUCAUUACACUCUGUUAUUAAAUAAUAUGUUUACAUACAUGUGCAUUGUUAAUGCUAAAUUAGCAUUUCUACGAAGUUUUUAUUCAUACCUGUAAAUAAAAUUGGAAAAAAAAAAAGCUUUCCACCUUUACAACUUUUGAUUCAGGGUGCAGAUGGUGUAAAGCUCCACUCUUCCUAUGGCAGACAGUUUAUCAAGGUUGUCAUGUAGCCAGCACAACGACCAACUUACAAGUAGAGUUGGGUGGCAUCAUAAAAAGGUUUUUAACUGGAUUGAAACUUGAGACCAGAAGAGUUCAGCACACCCUCCUCAAAUUAUACUAAUAAAAAUCAAUUAAAAAUGUUAAAUAUAGAUUAUGGUCGGUCUGACAUUUUAUAGUAAAAUACUCUAAAAUGUCAUAGCAAGGCCGGAUUUCAAUUAAAUGUAAACUAUUUGGUGAAUCUUAAUUCAUUUUGAAUAAUAUUUUUUAUUAAUCUCACUGGUUAGAAAUUGUAGGUUCUUUAAAGUAAGUCAGCAAUCCUUAGAUUAAGCCAGCCUCCAGCAGCCACUUUACACAUUAUAAUAUUUGAACAGCCUUUAAUGUACUAUCGAAAUAUUUGUCCAAACACAAAAAGCUCAUAAAAACAUACUUAGCUGAAACAAUUCUGAUUUCCAGUCUAUAUACUGGUAUUUGGUAUGCACUCUGGAAUGUCAUCCCAAUUGUUCAGGUUUGAACCUCCUAUCUCUUGCUGACCUGCAUCUGGUUUGUGCUAGGAAGUAAAAAUGUUCAUUUUUGUAGAAACGUCUAUAUUUUACUAAUCACUUGAAGUCAACCUCUAUAUCUUUUGUUGAUGUUACAAAACAAACUUUUUAAAAUUCACAUUUUGUCUUACAUUGAUGUAAGCAUUUCAUUCAACAAAGUUAACUGGUACUUAGGAGAUGUACUGGUGUAGGAAGAAAUGUAUGUAUGAUUGUGAAUACUAGUUAAUUUUAUAGAAAGAAUGUUAAGUUUAUUAAUAAUAAUAAUAAUAAUAAUAACCUUUUUAUCCAUAAAGACAUUGUCUUACAAUUUGUGCAUUACAUAAAACAUCGUAAUUAUAGAAAGGGAAACAUACAUUCACACCAGUUUCACAACAAGUAGUAACGUCUGUAUUUUAUAAGAUUAGAUAAGAAAGAAAAGGUUUAAUGAGUUUGAAUUUUUCUUUUUUUUAAGCAUAAAUAUCUGUCAAGGAAUCUCUCAAAAUAGAUUUGUUAAUAUAUGAAUUCUGCUAUACAAGAGUCUAACAGUCACACAAUUAAAUAAAUAUUAGUUUGUGAUGGAAAUGGUGAAGGUGGCACUGGUCAGUAAAGUCUCAGUGAUAGGCCUCUUGGCUGCAAUGCUAAUUAUUGUUUUGCUGAUAUUGUGGAGAUUUGGAUUGUUGAGAUUUGAUGAUGUUUCUAAGAGCCUAGAUUCCUGACAUUACUUUAAGAGAGUCAUUUAAUGUGGAUGAUAGUCUUUCAUAAGCCACAACACUGACUCAUUAUACAUAUUGAAGAGUUUUACUAUGGGAUUCCUACCUUUGGAGUCAACUGUUGGAGUGAAGCUUGGUGUAACUUAGCACUGAACUUUUCCUUCAGAAUUGAAGAUUAUUACAACUUCAAAACUUCCAGCAUGAUGAUGGGGGAUAACAGAGGGCAGGAUUCGAACCGCAGAUCAUCAAGACGACAAUGCACAGUGAAUAGCAGAUAUCCAAUAGCCAACUGUUUCUAUAUAAUAAACAUGGAACAUGUAAUUUAUAUAUUGUAUAUAAAUCUAGUGGGUUUUAUAUAAAUAUGAGUUGGUUUCUAUCCAUUGUGUGUUGCUUCAAUGAAAAGUUAUAUGUGAAAAAAAUCAAAUGUAAUUUCAUAUUGAUUAAUUUUGUUUAGUUCAGCCAAAUAAUAAUAUAGUGUUAGUGAAUGUUCGAAUGUAAUGAAUUGUAACUUGUGAGAAUCUAAUGUGUGUAUGACCUAAGUGUGUGUUUGUCUCUGAGUGAAGUCAUGUAUCCACAUAACAAGCUCAAAAAAGUGUCUGAUACCGGUUUCUCAUUAUUUUAAAUAUAUCAUCUUGGUGCUAAUUGAACACUUAGAAAUCUGUUUAGUUUUUCUUGUUUGUGACUUAAGAAUCUCAAUUCUACAUCUAGAGUCUAUAUAUACAUUUGAAUUAUUAAUGUUUUGGAGAAUUCAGUUGUACAAAUUUUUAAUUAAAGAGCGCUCUUCUGAUUUUUUUUAUCUUUAUGUAUCAAAGAGCUCAGUUUUUCUUAUCUGUGUUCAUGUUUGUAUCAACUCACUCUGUCUGUCAGGUAAAAAGUUUGAACACAUUAUUUCACCCACCAUCAUUCUCGGAUCAAAUGGAAACUUUGCACAAUAAUUCAUUGGCGAAGAUAAAACAUGAACCAAUAAAAAAAAAUUAACCAAUAAGUUAAUUAAUUACUGGUAAUUAAUUAUUUUAUUUGAUACCAACAAGGGAAAUUAUCUUUCAGUAUUCACAUAUAUGGCUAAAUAUGUGAGCUUUUGUCCAUGUGGAGACUAAAGAGUCGAAAGGCCAAUGUCUGGAUGGAUGAGAGAAAGAUGUUUGUUUACACGUUACGGGUGGGUGAGUGUGGGUGACACCUUCGACAUAGGGGUCACGGAGGUCACGGUGUGGGACGCGAGGCAAUCAAAGUGUCUACGUGGUGGCGUGUUCGUACAGGUACAUCUGAAAAUAAGGGUGGAGAGAAACAGUAUUUAAGGCCUGAUUUGUGUCAUGUUAGAAAGAGAGAGUGAGAAUAUUGUGGAGAGCAAAGCCAGAAGUUGUAGUUGGAACAUAUGUACAGCAAUUAUGAACUUAUGUAUUGUAAAGUUGUAAAAUAAAUAUAUAUAUUGAACUGCUACAA